AUGUCUGACCAUUUUACCAUGGAGGAGAACCUCCAAAAGGUCAUGUCGACAACAGAGGAUGUAGUGGUGACUCCCCAUGAGUCACGACAAAGUUCAAUCUCAGGCUCGUCAGACCAAGACUCUGAGGUUUUUCAUGAACCCAUCCAGGAACGCUAUGAAGGUCCAUCGUAUUCACGAUUUCGCCGAGUCGCUUCGAAAACGGUUGUUACAUUUGGGCCAAACGAUCCGGACAAUCCUGUUAAUUGGAGAAAGUCGAGAAAAUUCUUGGUUCUCCUUGCUGGUGUCAUGCAGGUCAUGAACAGCACUAUUGGAUCUUCCAUAUGCAGCAAUGCUAUUCCACAAAUUGCUGCAGAAUUCAACAUCACAAACCAACAAAUGCUGGUCCUCCCAAUAUCAAUCUUUCUUAUUGGCUAUAUACUGGGUCCUCUACUAUGGGGCCCCAGUUCUGAAUAUUUUGGCCGCCGACGUCCACUGCUUAUUGCAUUUUGCGGGUUCAUAAUCUUCACCCUAGCAUGCGCCGUUGCAAAUUCAUAUGCCUCUUUACUGAUUUUCCGAUUGUUCAAUGGCAUGAUGGCAUCUGCACCAAUUGCCACAACUGGUGGAUUAUUUGCCGAUGUCCACGAUGACCCGACCCAACGAGGCCGUCUCAUGUCAUAUUAUAUGGCUUGUACGACCUUUGGCCCGAUCAUGGGUCCAUGGAUUUCCGGAUUUGUCGCCGUCGUCAGUUGGCGAUGGUGCUUUUGGAUUGGACUAAUCUGUUCCGGAGCCACCCUGCCCUUAGUAAUAUUCAUGCCCGAAACCUACGGACCGGUUGUGUUGAAACAACGAGCGAAGAAACUACGAAAGAAAACCGGUAAUCAGAAUAUAAUCUCGCCGUUAGAACUUGAAAGUCGAGACCUCCGGAAAAUGUUCCUUGUUACAAUCUCCCGGCCAUUUCGCAUGAUUAUCCACGAGCCAAUUGUUUCCUUGACUUCUUUGUACCUGGCGCUUGCAUAUGCAAUCUUCUACCUUUACUUCGAGGCAUAUCCAAUCAUCUUUCAAGACAUCUAUGGCAUGAACGCCGGUAUCUCAGGCUUGAUGUUCCUUCCAAUUGGUGUUGGCGCCAUUCUUGCUUGUGGAGUGUUCAUCUGGUAUGAUGGAUAUCUCGCCCGAGCUAAGGCCCGCGAAGCCAGUUGGGCCAAUAUCGAAGAAUAUCGACGGCUACCACUUGCCUGUAUCGGCGGGCCACUAUACGUCAUUUCCCUCUUUUGGGUUGGCUGGACGGCUUCACCCAACAUCCACUGGGUCGCCCCAUUCCUUUCUGGAAUACCAUUUGGAAUGGGUUAUCUACUGAUCUUCAUGGCAAUGCUCAACUAUCUCACCGAUGCCUACGAGACGCUAUCUGCUAGCGCUCAGUCAGCCGCCAGCUGUACUCGCAGCAUCCUAGGAGCAGUGCUACCCCUAGCCACUCGGCCCAUGUUCAACCGACUCGGCGUUCAUUGGGCGUGCAGUCUCAUCGCAUUUCUGAGUCUCGGCGUUUCCAUCAUUCCAUUUGCGUUUAUUCGCUACGGUGACCGUAUCAGAAACAAGAGCAAAUUUUGUCAAGAGUUGAAGCGGAUUAAGGAAGCUGAAAAAUUGGAGCUAGAAAGAGAGGAGCGACUCCAGAAUGAGUCUGAUAACCUGCAGAUUGUCCCGUCUGCCACCACCGGUCAGAUUUCAAGGAUCGAAACUGCCCGCAGCCAUGCUGAGAAAUCUUCAAUCAUUUGCUAA